GUCAUCGUGGCUUCUUUGUGCCUCCGCUUGACUCGCGAGGGUGCCCACAAACGCUACCACGUCGCCGGCCGCCGGUUGCGUUGCUUCACCAUUCGCCAUGGGUUCCCUCGCCGCCGUCGACGAGCCGUUGCCGCCGCUCCGGUACCCUCCGGCACGCCGCGACGACGACAUUGUCGACGACUACCAUGGCGUUCUUGUGCCGGACCCGUACAGAUGGAUGGAGGAGCUGGAUUCGAAGGAAGUGAAGGAAUUCGUGGACGCGCAGGCGGCCAUGGCGGACGCCGUGCUCUCCACCUGCGGCCACCGCGGCCGCCUGCGCGGGCAGCUCACCGCGCUCUUCGACCACCCGCGAUUCCGCGCGCCGUUCAAGCGCCGGGGCAGCUACUUCUACUUCCACAACCCCGGCCUCCAGCCGCACAGCGCGCUCUACGUCCAGCAUGGGCUGGGCGGUGAGCCUGACGCGUUGCUGGACCCCAACACGUUCAGCGAGGACGCCACGGUGUCGCUCUCCAUGAUCGGCGUGAGCGACGACGGCGAGCACCUGGCCUACGGCACCAGCACGAGCGGCAGCGACUGGAUCACCAUCAGGGUCAUGCGCGUGCGCGACAAGGAGCACCUGCCCGACAAGCUAUCCUGGGUGAAAUUCUCUCGCAUUGCGUGGACUCGUGACGGGCAGGGCUUCUUCUACUCGCGUUUUCCGGCUCCAAGGGAUGGUGCAGCGCUGGAUUCUGGGAUCAAGACCGCCAUUAAUCUCAACCACGAAGUCUACUACCAUUUCCUUGGAACAGACCAGUCGCAGGACGUGCUGUGCUGGAGGGAUCCCGAGCAUCCCAAGUACAUAUACACCCCGGAAGUCACAGAAGAUGGCAAGUAUGUGAUUCUGUCAGUUUCAGAAACGUCAGAGCCGGUGAACAAAUUGUACUACUGUGACCUCUCAGCUCUCUCCCAUGGGCUGGACGGCAUGAAGGGAACCCAUGGCGUGCUCCCUUUCGUCAAGCUCGUGGACAAAUUCGAGGCGUACUAUGGACUCAUCGCCAACGACGAUACCGAGUUCACAUUUCUCACUAACAAAGAUGCUCCGAGGUACAAACUGUCCAGGGUCGUCGUCGACGUGCCGCAAUCAUGGACCGAUGUUCUUCCUGAAGAUGAGAAGGCGGUCCUAGAAUCGGCUUGCGCCGUCCAUGGCGACAAGAUUUUGGUGAACUACCUGUCAGAUGUUAAGUACGUCUUGCAGAUGAGGAGCUUGGUUGCCGGGGAGUUGCUGCAUGACAUUCCCAUUGACAUAGGCACUGUCAACGGGAUUUCUGGUAGACGCGUCGAUUCCGAGGUGUUCAUCGAGUUUGCGAGCUUCCUUACCCCGGGAAUCAUCUACAGGUGUGACGUCAGCACUGAGAUCCCCGAGAUGAAUGUGUACAGAGAAAUUUCAGUUCCAGGCUUUGAUCGCACAGAGUUUGAAGCAAAGCAGGUGUUUUAUCCAAGUAAGGAUGGGACCAAGAUCCCAAUGUUCAUCGUAUCCAAGAAGAACAUCAAGCUUGACGGAUCACACCCAGCUUUGCUCUACGGCUACGGCGGUUUCGGCAUGAGCAUAACACCGCAAUUCAGCGUCACCCGCGUCGUCCUCAUGAGGAACUUAGGAUUCGUGACGUGCAUCGCGAACAUCAGAGGCGGUGGAGAGUACGGCGAGGACUGGCACAAGGCCGGCUCACUCGCAAACAAGCAGAACUGCUUCGAUGAUUUCAUCGCCGCCGGUGAGUUCCUCGUUUCUACAGGUCACACCAACCCGACGAGGCUGUGCAUCGAAGGCGGAAGCAACGGUGGCCUACUAGUGGCUGCCUGCAUGAAUCAGCGGCCUGACCUCUUUGGCUGCGCUCUGGCUCAUGUGGGAGUGAUGGACAUGCUUCGGUUCCACAAGUUCACCAUAGGUCGUGCAUGGACCUGCGACUUCGGCUGCUCGGAGAACGAGGAAGAAUUCCACUGGCUUAUCAAGUACUCUCCCCUCCACAACGUGCGGCGGCCGUGGGAGAAGGUCGACUCUCGCCGCGGCUUCGGCUGCCAGUACCCUCCCACAAUGCUGCUGACGGCGGACCACGACGACCGAGUCGUGCCAUCGCACACGCUCAAAUUCCUCGCGACGAUGCAGCACGUCCUGCGCGCUGACGCGGAGGGCAGCCCGCAGACGAACCCCAUCAUCGCGCGGAUCGAACGCAAGAGCGGCCACGGCUGCGGCCGCUCCACGCAGAAAAUCAUCGACGAGGCUGCUGACAGGUACGCGUUUGCGGCGAAGAUGAUGGGAGUCUCUUGGCUCGAUUGAGAGACCCAACAACCGCGGCUUGGGAGGAGGCGGUGCAUUUGGUUCGCCAUUGGCUAUUGGCAAGUUCAGUUUAAAGCUACACGUAGUUAUUGGGCUGUUCUGGUACUGUAACUGACCGGGUUGCAUAAUGGCACGGCGUGUGCCCAUCUUAUCUUACU